UUUCCCACUAUCCAAACUUUAAGGUGUGCCUGUAAAAGUUCUAGUAAUCAGAUAUUUCCGCUGGAACUUGAAUGCUUCAUGAGUGGAUUGCACCCCCAGGGAAUUCCGGGAACCUCACAUGACGCCAGCUCUCCAGCUCUAUUGGUCCGAGGCACGUGUCUGAGAGGCCCGUAUCACACGUCAUCGCACGCCUCACAGCCAAUCAGAAAUGAGAGUCAAAAUCAGUAGUGAAAGUAUUUGAGCGGCGUCUUUAUGAGGGCAGCUUAGUGCUGCUGGAAGCAUCAGUAAUUGUGUGCAAGGAGCCGUAAAAAUUCAACAGACUUUCUACAGUUUUUACUAUUUUUAUACAAAACACCUGAGCAUUAGAGUCCGGCCAUGAGGAGGAGGCUUUUACCACAAAGUGAAGCAUGAUUUUUCUUUGUCAAAAUCACAAGAGGCGCAUUUCCACAGCAAAAACAAUAUCAACUAUUCUGCCAAAAAGGAAUUCGUUUUUUCUCAUUGCGUUUUUGUUUUUUUUUCCUCAAAAAUAUAUAAUUAAUUGAUACGAAAGUGAACAGGACGUAACACAAAAUUGGAAUUACUACUUUGUAGAAGGGCGCAAAGAGAGAGGUGCUGAGGGUGAUCAUCAUUAUGGAAGAAAAUGCACGACGAGACCCAGAGCGCCCAGAGGACUCCGACGACGAGUCCAAUCGGGCCGUGCUGCCUCUCCUCCAGCCACCUGGCAACCAGCAGUCCCACAGGAUCACCAACUUUUACAUCGAUAACAUUUUAAGACCGGACUUCGGCCGCAAGAGGAAGGACGGGACUUUGGUCCGGGAGGGAGACAGUCUGGGAGUGAACAGAGAGAGAAAGUCUUCCAAAACUGGCAACCCGCGGCAGGGUGGAGCAGGAGGCGAGGUGCAGGAGGAGGUGGAGGAGGAGGAGGACACGGGAUCAUCCAACGACCGGCAUCAGGACACUGAGGCCAGGAGGCCUGACCUGAUAGCCGGUGAUGGGGCUGUGAAGGGCCGGGGGAGCAGCGGGGACCGCUGCCGCAGCCCUCAGGCCAGCCCGGCCCCUGCGUCCAAACCGAUGCUGUGGCCAGCCUGGGUUUAUUGUACCCGCUACUCGGACCGUCCGUCAUCAGGGCCAAGAUCCCGUAAACCAAAGAAGGCGCCGACCCCGAGUAAAGAGGACAAGCGGCCCCGGACGGCCUUCACCGCGGAGCAGCUGCACCGGUUAAAAACGGAGUUCCAGAGCAACCGGUACCUGACCGAGCAACGGAGGCAGAGCCUGGCCCAGGAACUUGGCCUCAACGAGUCUCAGAUCAAAAUCUGGUUUCAGAACAAGCGGGCCAAAAUCAAGAAAACUACCGGGAAUAAAAACUCUCUGGCGCUGCAUCUAAUGGCGCAGGGACUGUACAACCACUCCACGGCCAAGGACGCCAAUAAGUCGGACAGCGACUAGAUGAGACACAAGGGGAAGGAAUGGCGGGAGGGAGGGGGGUUCUGGACCAUGCAAUAAAACCACUUCAGUACCAGCAUUCAUAUUUAAAACCCAACCAGAGACACAUGAUAUUGUGACAUUUUGUUUAUCCUUUGAAUGUGUGUGUGUGUGUGUGUGUGUGUGUGUGUGUGUGUGUGUGUGUGUGUGUGAGUAUGCGGGGCUGUAGGUUUGUUAUGACGAUGUCCAAUCCAUGUCAAAGAUUGUGCUGGUGAUGUCCCACCCAGAAGUCGGACA